CAUCUAUGUGCGUACUUCCUUUUGGAAAUUCCAUUAAAAUAAACGCGGAUGUAUUAUUCAAUGAACUUCCUGUGAGUCCUAUAGGCAGUCCGUUACACUGUGGAAAUUGUUGAGCCAACAUGUCUUGGUACGGUGGUAAACGACCAGUAACUGCGCGGGAGAGGUCAACCAGAGGAGACCUUUGGGGUAUCAAUGACAGCCAUCGGACACUUCCUCCAAGACCCACGUCACAAUAUGGCAGAUCGGAAAGACCAUUUACAGACGUACCGGGUUUGGAGAGGACCAGGUCGUAUCUUGAAAGAACGGACGCAUUUGGCCAGGCAAUGAAAAACGUACAAAGAGACAAACAAAAACGAACAACUUAUGACUUUGACCAGGACAGGGACGGUAGAUCUUACAGCAGGGAUUCAUACACUACAUACGAUACUUACGAAGACCGAGUUCAACUGGUAGAGCAGAUGCAGAUUCGAAGAUCAAAGGAAGCCAGCAAGCAGAUGCUGUUCGGUGUGUUUUCAAAUGCUAUGGCUAUACUGGAACAGUUUGAAACACGAGAAUCGCCACACAAGACUCUUGAAAAAUCAUUCCUCUAUAUCCCUGAUCAACGUGGCAAGUCGGACGAAGAUAUCAGGAGUAUCCUUGAGACCCAGAUAUUACUCUUUGAGACUCAAACCAAGUCGUGUCCCGCCCAUGUGAAGGCGGAGGUGGCUGAGGAGUUACGACGCAAAUUAUUGGACUGGAUGGCGAUCAGAGCAGACAACGAUUGCAACAUUGCGGACACCGACAGGUUCGCAGCCAAGAUGUACGAGAUACUGGCAACAGGACACACAACGCAUGCCUUUCACAAUAGGCCAAGCCGGCCCCACAGUGCCGCCACUAUCCGGGAGUCUAUGCCUCACAUACUUGGAGGUCUGCAUUCCGCUAGACAGCUUGACGAGGACUUCCGGACACACGAGGCCAAGAAAGCCAUGAGUCCAGACACAAGACGCAGCCGAUCGGGGAACGCAAUCAAAGCUGGGGCCAAACGAAUUUUGCGUUGCAACCAUGCUUUGGAGUCGCAACUUGCAACUGACGUUCAACUCUUCGAAGGUGGUUCGUUUGAUAUGAAAUAAGUGUCACGCUCUUCAUAAACGUUGGGCAAUAUGUUAUCCAGCGUGAAACAAGCAUUUUAUAUGGAAAAACUAGAGUUUUGUUGCAUGGUUUCUGAUGCGCUAUUUUUAGACCUCCCAAAUGUUCUCCUCAAUUUUCAGCUUCAAUUAAAAAAUUUCAGAAUUUAAGAAAUAUUAAUACACUGUUGUAAUGGUGAGAAAAGUGUUCGUAGUAUUCGUCAAGAUAAUUAUGUUGAAAUCAUGUAAUUAUAGCCAGAACUAAAAAAACUAUUUAUUAUUGGAUAAUAGUGUAAACUUUCAAAAUUUCAACUUAUUGGUAAAUAUAAUCAGAAGAGACAUUUCAGUAUGUGGUUUGCAGUGAUAGUUAAACAGUUUAUUAAUAUUUAUAUGCAUUAUUGACCACACACAAGGCUGAUGUAUUUGGUUAUAUAACCAUGAGAGCCCUGUUUGAUGUUUAUAAGUAUUUAUAUUGGGCUUUUUAAAUUGAAUUGUGAUAAUAUUUCUAAACCGUCCACAUCAUUAUGUAUCUUGCAUUAUGCCUUAUAUUGUGUAAUAAUGUUGUCUCCGUUUACUUGUUUUUCAAUUACUUCUUCCGCAUGGAGGGGGAUUGAGGGUUCAAGUUGAUCAUAACGUUCUUUGCACAAUCAAAUCACUACAUGUCAGCAGUACACAGUUCUUGUUUUAGUUUAAACAUAUUUAUUUUAGCUUGAUUGCAUCGAAAGCCUAAGGCUAACUUUAACGCUCUCGAGUCCACAUCAUAGGAUUAGAAUCAGUCCUUGGUUUCUAUGAGGGGUGACCUAAAGAACAAUCCCAGAAGUAAACGUUAUAAAAUGCGCAUUGUCUGUAUUUGUAAAUAUAAAGCGGAAUGACAUCAGCAAAUCGAUUGAUAUACUGAUUUAUUAUAUCAAUUUGUAAAACUCGUGUUUUACAUUCUAAAAAUAGCCAGCGGGAAUGUUGUACUAAUAAGUGUGUUAUUAAACAUGCGCCUGUAUACGCAUCAAUAGGCAAACGAAUGAUAAUAAGCCCAAUGAUUUCAAUAAAAAAGGAAUUCAUUUUGUUCUCUAUAUGUUAAUAUUCUUUUUUUCUAGAAUUGUGGUUCAAUUUUGUACAGACAUCAUUGAAAUGUGUCAUUAACUUUCCAAGCAGUUAUUGUUUUUAAAACACCUUUCGGCAAGUUAAAUAUGAAGAAAAAGAAGUUUUGUAAUACAUUUAAAUUGUACUCGUAUUUUUCAUCUUGUUCGCAUUAACGUUACAUUUAAAAACCGCACUUAACAAUACCAUUAUAAAGUUUAGUGUUAAGUUAAUUGGAUAAUAAAUUGCACAAACGUUCAAAACUUAAAAACAAUUGUAGGUAUAAUAAAAAAAAUCAUUUAUGUACAUGUGCUGCAGUGAAUAGUUAAUAUUUAAUGUUUUAUUAUGUGUCAAAAUCGUUGUGUACGUUCUAAUCGACUCAGAGCCCGUGGAUUUUAAGACAAUCGUUCACAAUAGGCUGCGGGAUUGAUGUAUUUCUACGUGUACUAAUAAUCAUGCGCAUGUACACACAUCAAUUAGCUUACGGAUUAUUAUAAGUCAAACAAUUUCAAUAAAUGGAACUUUUCAGAUUUUAUAACAUGUUUGUUAAUAAGUUUUUAUAUUUGAAUUGCGGGUUAUUUUCAUAAAGCAUUGGACAUAAACUUUCCAUCAACUCCCCCAGUAGUUAUUGUUUAUUAGCAGAGUUGUUUAAUGCCAUUUUCUUCAAGUCUAAUAUGAAGUAAAAGAAGUAUCUUUUUAUAUACAUUUUUUAGGAUGUUUGGAACACAAAAUUUAAUGGACUUUAAUGCUACUACAAUCAAUACAAUUUACUUAACAGUAUGUUUGUAUUGGACAAUUUUUUUCAAUUUGGUCUCUUUCCAUUUUGUAUUUGCUUUUUUUAUUUACAAACAAUACUGAUUGUUUUUAAGUAGUUUCCUAUUUUGUAUUGUUUAACAAAUCUAUCUUUUUACAUUUGUGUUGAUAUGAUGCAGAGGGAAACUUUGUUCCAGGUAAUACAGUUAUGGAUGCCAUGCUCAUAUGUAUUUGUAUUUAGUACCGGUAUAUAAAUAAUCUCAAUAUAUCUGCAUUUUUAAUCAAUAUUUUCAAAACAUAUGUUUCUAUUGUAUAUGUCGCUUUUUAUUAUACAUUAAUAUUUUUAUGUUUUAGCUAGAACUUUUGCAUUUCUUUAACUUUUAUCUAAUGCAGUACGUCUUUAAACAUAUAUUGAAAUUGCGCUAUUGAUUUCUAUACUAUUCGAUCAUCCUGUAAAUUCGAACAUUGUAUCAUUCAAUAUACCGUUUGAAUAAAA